AUGAGCCAGUCUAGAAAACUGCAAAAUGAGAUAGACGAAGCAAACGCGGCAGGAAGGCUAUCCGAUUACAUCACUUGUGCUAAGUGCCUAGAGCUUCCUUAUUUGCAAGUGGUCAUGAAAGAGGCAAUGCGGUGCCAUCCCGCGGUAUCAUUACCCUUCGAACGUAUCAUUCCCGAAGGUGGAGCUGUACUCUGUGGAGUCCAUCUAGAAGCCGGGACUAUUGUCGGAAUCAACCCAGCUGUAAUCCAUCAUGACAAGUCCAUUUUUGGGGAAGAUGCGGCAAUUUUUCGGCCUGAAAGGUGGCUGGAGUCUAGUGAAGAGGGAGUAAAGCGUAUGGACCGGCAUCUCAUGACGUUUGGAUAUGGGUCACGCACAUGCAUUGGAAAGAACAUUUCCAUAAUGGAGAUGGGGAAAUUAGUCCUACAGCUCAUUCGCUUAUUCGAGAUUGAAUGUGCGUCUGAGGACCCCGAAUGGAAAGUUGAGACUUUCUGGUUUGCGAAGCAGCAU